GGGCGGAGGGAGGCCAGACGAUGUGGCCGACGAUGAGGGCAGGAUAGGGCCCCCAGCUAGGAUUCAGGAGCAGCGAGGUCGGUAGGCGAGGCCAAGCGAGCAUGCAGCGCCGCUCAAGGCCUCUCCAGCAAGGAAAAGGAGGCGGCUACUGCAUGGCCAGAGAGAAGGGAAGGGAAGGGAAAGGCGACCGGCCGAGCGGCCGCUUCCUUGACGGAAAGAGGCGGGCCGCAGGGCAGGGCCGGCCCCAGCAUCAGCUGCGCAGCUGCUUUGGACGGAGCCCGGUGGCGUGCGGGAGCGGCCGUCAGCGGCCGUCGGCAGCAGGUGGACGAAGCCGCAGGGAUGGAGCCCGCCGCGUCAAGGAGAGGCGGAGGAGAGGAGGAGGAGGAGGAGGGAUAUUAGCGGUGACGGCUGGCGGAGGGAGGAGACCGGAGGGAUCGCGGGCGAUCCGGGAGAAGGAGGGCGGCGGCGGCAGCGGAGCCGGAUCCAGGCGCGGCAGGGAUGGGGAACGCCGACUCCAAGCUGAACUUCAGGAAGGCGGUGAUCCAGCUCACCACCAAGACCCAACCUGUAGAAGCAACAGAUGAUGCCUUCUGGGACCAGUUCUGGGCAGAUACAGCUACUUCAGUCCAAGACGUCUUUGCUCUGGUUCCUGCUGCAGAAAUCAGAGCUGUGAGGGAAGAAUCCCCUUCAAAUUUGGCUACUCUGUGUUAUAAGGCAGUGGAAAAACUGGUGCAGGGAGCUGAGAGCGGCUGCCAUUCUGAAAAGGAAAAGCAGAUUGUCCUGAAUUGCAGCCGCCUUUUGACCCGCAUCUUGCCCUACAUCUUUGAAGAUCCUGACUGGAGAGGCUUCUUCUGGUCCACUGUCCCUGGAGCUGGGCGAGGAGGGGACACGGCUGAGGAUAUCCAUGCAAUUGAUAGCUGUGAAUACAUCUGGGAGGCUGGUGUUGGGUUUGCUCAUUCUCCGCCACCCAGCUACAAUCACGAUUUAAACAGGACGGAGCUCUUGAAACUCCUGCUGACUUGCUUCUCUGAGGUCAUGUACCUGCCCCCGUCCUCAGAUAGCAGCAACACAAAUCCAUGGGUCCAGUUCUUCUGCUCCACUGAGAAUAGGCAUGCGCUGCCACUGUUCACUUCCCUCUUGAAUGUCGUCUGUGCAUAUGAUCCAGUGGGCUAUGGCAUCCCUUAUAACCACUUGCUGUUCUCGGACUAUCGUGAGCCCUUGGUGGAACAGGCGGCCCAAGUUCUGAUAGUCACACUGGACUAUGACACUUCCACCAGUUCCAGUCCCACCAUAGAUGGCACUACCACUGGCACAGCCAUGGAUGAUGCGGAGCCUCCAGGUCCAGACAAUCUGUUUGUCAAUUAUCUUUCAAGGAUACACAGAGAAGAGGAUUUCCAGUUCAUUCUGAAGGGAGUGGCCCGCCUUCUGUCCAACCCAUUGCUCCAAACCUACCUACCAAACUCUACCAAAAAGAUCCAGUUCCAUCAAGAGCUGUUGGUUCUCUUCUGGAAACUGUGUGAUUUUAACAAGAAAUUUCUGUUCUUUGUCCUGAAGAGUAGUGAUGUCCUCGAUAUCCUGGUGCCAAUUCUGUACUUCCUUAAUGAUGCUAGAGCAGAUCAGUCUCGAGUUGGGCUUAUGCAUAUCGGUGUCUUUAUUCUAUUGCUGCUGAGCGGGGAGAGAAAUUUUGGGGUUCGUCUGAACAAGCCAUAUUCUGUACGAGUACCAAUGGACAUUCCUGUAUUUACAGGAACACAUGCAGAUCUUCUUAUCAUUGUCUUUCACAAAAUAAUCACCAGUGGGCACCAGCGGCUGCAGCCCCUUUUCGACUGUCUCCUCACCAUCAUUGUGAACGUAUCUCCAUACUUGAAGUCCCUCUCCAUGGUAGCUGCCAACAAACUGCUGCACCUAUUGGAAGCUUUUUCAACGACGUGGUUCCUCUUCUCCACUGUCCAGAACCACCACCUUGUCUUCUUUUUGCUGGAGGUUUUCAACAAUAUCAUCCAGUAUCAGUUUGAUGGCAAUUCCAACUUGGUGUAUGCCAUUAUUCGGAAGCGAAAUGUGUUCCAUCAGCUGGCCAACCUGCCUACUGACCUGCAGUCUAUCCAGAAAGCUCUGCAGCGCAAAAAGAAAGCUCCUGAACCCAUAUCUCGCACAAACUCACAGGAGGGCAUGUCCAUGGAAGGGUCAAGGCCAGCUGUGCCUGCCGAGCCUGGGACGUUGAAGACCAGCCUAGUGGCAACUCCAGGUAUUGACAAACUCACAGAGAAAUCCCAGGUAUCAGAGGAUGGCACGAUGCGCUCUCUAGAGCCAGAGUCCACACCGUCCCCAACAGAAGGCAAUCCACCCGCCGUUGUCAGUGAUACAGAGUCAUGGAGUGGGGAAUCAUCACAGCCCAGAAGGGACCGGCGGCGCCUGUCUAGUGUGUCCUCAGCUGCUCAGUGGACUCCAACUCCUGAAUGGGUGGUAUCCUGGAAGUCAAAGCUGCCCCUGCAGACCAUCAUGCGGCUGUUACAAGUCCUGGUCCCUCAGGUGGAGAAGAUCUGCAUUGACAAGGGCCUCACAGAUGAAUCUGAGAUUCUGAAGUUCUUGCAACACGGCACAUUGGUAGGGCUACUUCCUGUCCCUCAUCCUAUCCUGAUUCGCAAAUACCAGGCAAACUCUGGUACUGCUAUGUGGUUCCGCACCUACAUGUGGGGAGUAAUUUAUUUGAGGAAUGUGGAUCCUCCCAUCUGGUAUGACACAGAUGUGAAACUGUUUGAAAUUCAGCGAGUCUAAGGAAUGGGAAGAGAAGAGGAACGUGACUCUUUUUAAAGGAAAACACUGGAAGCAAGGAUCUUGCUGUGCGCGUCUUCAUCACAGCUCUUCCUUCAUUUCACUGCCUGCUGAGUCGAUCCAAAGGACAAUCACUUCCAUUUACUGGCCUGCCACUUUCAAGCUCAGAGACCCUCCCUAACAUUUUUUCUUUCCCACCACUCAAGGAACACGGAUAGAAGGGAAUGUGCAAAGGAAGCCAGCCAUGGUGGUUACACUGAAAACCAAAUAGUUCAACUUGUUGAAUCCUCCUUGUGUGCUGUCUGGGUGGAAUGCUGAACCUGACUAGUUGGAGAGGAUUCUCUUCACUCCCUAGUCAGAUUCAGUCUCUAGAUUUAAAAGACACUGAAUGUAAAGAGUUAUAAAAGUGGACCAAUGAAGGAAGCACUACUGCGGGAGGUAUCUCUGUGGUUCUUUUCCAAAGAAUGUAUCCUAACACCUCUUUGUGUUGCAGUCCCUCAUGCUGCUGUCUUGCUUUACUGUACCUAGAAGCAAUAGCUUCGCUCACUAGGUGUCUGUGGGGGUUCUAUUAAUUUAAGUCACUUCAGGUCAGUCUGUUGGCUUGGCCCUCUUUUCCCUUCCACACAAAAAUGUGCUUAACUACUUUAUACUGGUGCUGUAAUGUAGCAUCCAAAUUCCAUUUUCCCUUGACCUUCCUUCCUAGUUUUGGAGGCACUCCUUUUAAUCGGGUGUGCACCAAAUAUAUAUCUAUCACAUUUUUUGAACUGGAAUUAAUUGUAAGAAUUUAUUGCUCAGAAAAAGUUAUUCUAAUGUGGGGCAUUAUAUGACGGGUGGGAGGGUGUAGGCAUAAGCUAUUUUUCAGAGAUUUAGAGAAAAACUUUUGGUUGUAUUUAAAUAUAAGAGGGGGAAAGCAGGCGGCAACACUGCUGUAAUGGGGCUUAAUCCUCUUGUUAAUCCCAGCUAGAGUGGACCUGUUGAAUCCAUGGCACCUGUCCCAUUUUGAGUUUAAUAAUUCCCAUUCCUUCUCUGGGUCUAUUCUAGUUGAAAUUCAGGAUUGAAAUUAGCCCACAGAGUUUCACUGUUUGUUCUUUAGAGAGUGGCAUGGUGUGCCUUCUCUUAGUUGAUUCAGUUACACUGUAAUACAUUCAAAGCAAGCCAGAUUUGGGAGUUUCUGUCUAAUAGAGUUUAGGAGGACUUGCUAAGCCUGAGUAGAAUGCAUGUUUUGAGUAUUCAGUUUUGUUUCUCACGAUGCAAACCACCAUCAUGACAGGUGAUCUCCUGGCAUGGUCAUCACUUGCUUACAUGAUUUCCAGGAUCUGUGGUCCACAGAUUAGAAUUAUAAGAGUAUCUGGCCGUUCUUUUUUCACCACAGACGAUGUCAAGUGAGUCUAGUAGAGGCUAUCACUAGAGAUGGGCAUGAACGGGAAGAUCGGUAGUUUGUAAUAUUUCAUGGCUAGCCACGAACUAAACCCCCUGUCCAGAAAAAGAAAACAGUUUGUGGUUUGUUUGUUUUCUGUUCAUGCAGGGCGGUCUACCUGGUCCUGCUUGCCUCUGCCUCUUCUGCCACUGCCAUGACCUGCCAGUGCCAUUUUCAGAGGCAGCGGCAGGCUCCUGGCAGGGAAGCUGACCCUGCUGCCUCUGUACAUGUGCAAGCCGCCAGCUGAUAGGUGGGCACACGUGCAGGGACAACAGGCCCGGCUUCCCUGCCAGGAGCCUGCCGCUGCCUCUGAAGUGGCACUGAUGGGCCGCAGCGGUGGCAGGACCAGGUAGGCAGAGGCAAUGGGGGCAGCAGGAAGGAGGUAGGAAAAAAAUGUUGGUAUUUCAUUUUGCUUUGACAAGACGGGAUCCCAGAACCAUUUUAGGUCACAAACUGAACCACAAACCAAUCCAGUUCAUCAGUUGUUCUAGUUCGCGAUUCAGUUCGUGCCCAUCUCUAGUUAUCAUUACUCUGCCACCUUUAAUCUGACCAUUGACUGAGAUUUGGGAGGCCAUUUUGUUGUAAGCCCCUCUUUUUAUCUUUCCUCUUCCAAAGGCUUGCCAUCCUCAAAUUUGAAGUUAAAACUAAAGAUUAUCAUUGGGUUUCACAGAAAGCUAUAACCAGGGACACCUAACAUAGCAUCAACAUGGUUUGCUUAUUUUGUUCAAGAACUUCAAUGUAUGUUUUUUUGU